CCCUCGCCGGCCCGGCCCCGCCCGGCGCUGCCCCACGGCUCCGAGCGGCCACGGCAGCGGCAGCGGACCACAAUGAAUGUGGAACAUGAAAUUAACCUCUUAGUUGAGGAGAUUCGGCGGCUGGGAACCAAAAAUGCUGAUGGACAAGUGAGUGUGAAGUUCGGUGUGCUGUUUGCUGAUGAGAAGUGUGCCAACCUCUUUGAAGCCCUGGUGGGAACGCUUAAGGCGGCGAAACGACGGAAGAUCGUCACUUACCAAGGAGAGCUGCUUUUACAGGGCGUUCAUGACAACGUGGAUAUCAUGCUGCUGCAGGACUGAGGCAGUGUUGCAGCUGUGUGUUAAUGGAAUUGCUUGAAACAGUUUGAUCAAUCAAACAAUUGUUUGAUUUUCCACAUACUCUUAAUAAGGCUGAUCAUUCCAAGGCAUUUUGAUGUUUUUUCUAUAUCUUUAUAGUCAAAAGAAAACUGUCCUAUUUUGGAAAACAUUCCCUUUUGUAAGUCUUCCUAAAAUGGUACUGUAUGUGGGUAAUGUAAAAGAUGCCAGAUCUUUUUCUCUCUUUUCUUUUUUUUUUUUUUUUUUUUUGUUUCUUUUUGUUUUUGUUUUUUUUUUUAAUCUCAGGUAAUUCUCUCAAAUGUCUGGUGGUUAUUUUCAACAUAUGAAGAAGAGGACUGGUAAUUUAAUGUUUACAAAUGAAAAUGUGCCAUGAAAGUAUAAAAUAAAAGCACAUACUUAAAUUUGUGUUAUU